AUGAGCAUUGACCAGCCAACCGGAGGCGUGAAUAUGACAUAUGGAAGUGGAGACGCUAAGUAUCUCCGCUAUUGGAAGCCUAAAUCCCCCAACGCUCCGAUCGUCCUCUUUGUCCACGGGGGCAGUUGGCGAUCAGGGACCUAUUUAGACUUGAUUGGAUCCCCCAAAAUUACUCAUUUGACCGGCCGAGGCUAUGUCUUCGCCAUUGUCAACUACACACUCAUCCCAUCUGCGACGAUGGAAGAGCAGGUGCAGGUGGCCGACUUGCUGGUUUACCUGGUCAGAAAUGCAGCCACACUAGACUUUGACCCCCAACGAGUCAUUCUGAUGGAACACAGUUCGGGUGCACAUAUUGCCACGCUACUGAGGACUGAUGAAAGAUACUCCGAGAAGGCAGGGAUCGAUAUUUAUAUCGUGCGGGCGGUUAUCUCUCUCGACGGCUCAAAUUACAACGCAGUGGCGGAGAUCACCGACAGUUCGCGGCCGGUAGCGGAGAGCACAAUCAGAGGGCUCGGCACUGACCCAAAACGACCGAAAGAUGAAGGUUUCGAGGACCAUAUGCAAAUGCCAUUACGCCUUGGCGACUCCACCUAUCCUGCAACAUUGGUUAUGAAUAACUGGCUCAAAGUGCAUGUUCCAGUAACCAUCCCAAGUACCUGA